GAGAGAGCGAGAGGACGUGAAGUGGUAUCUCGUCCGUGUCAAACGCUGCGGUUACCGACGCCUCUCUGUGGAAACAAGACACUCUGCAAGCAACCGCGUGGGCUGCACUAAGACUCUAUCUCGGAUUUAAAAAAGGAAAUCAUCACCUGUAGCUACAGGAUUUAGAUUUCAGACAGAGAGAGAGAGAGAGAGAGAGCAUCUCUGCUCUCUCCCGCUGAAGCAGCCGCCGGCGUCAGGAUGGAGGCGCAGCAUCAGCAGCACGAGCACAAGCGUCGCGAGCCGCUCCGUCUUCGUCCGGAUGGCGCGAGGAGAACGAGCUGAAGAAGACGAAGAAAGUGGUGGAAGAAGAAGAAGCAGAGAAGAAGAAGAGGAGGAGGAGAAGCACAAGAAGACGGUUGGAAGGUGGAGGAGGAAAUCCCGCGAGAAAAGAAAAGACACAAAGACGGACAGACAAGCGCAGAGAACGCAGAGAGUGAGAAAGCUCCGCACGUGAAGUGCGCGAGACCUCCAGGGAGAAGGGAGUUAACGUUCAUUUUGGAGGAGCGCAGCGGCCGUUUUUUUAUUAUUAUUUAUUAUUUUUUCCCCACACCAACGGAGAAACAAGGUCUCCGGACAAAAAGACUGGCCAGAUGAAUCCCAUGACGCAGUUGUACUACAAAAAGGCGACAUAUUCGCCGUACCGUGACCGCAUCCCACUUCAGAUUGUCCGUGCUGAGGUGGAGCUGUCUGCUGAGGAGCGGGCCUACCUCACAGCUGUAGAGAAAGGUGACUAUGCGGGAGUGAAACAUGCCCUUCGCGAAGCAGAGGUGUACUACAACAUGGAUGUGAACUGUCUGGACCCGCUGGGCCGCAGUGCUCUCCUCAUCGCCAUCGAGAACGAGAACCUGGAGAUCAUGGAGCUCCUGCUCGACCACGGCAUCCACACGGGCGACGCCCUGCUGUACGCCAUCAGGAAGGAGGUGGUGGGUGCCGUGGAACUGCUGCUGUCACACAAAAGGCCCAGCGGAGAGAAACAGGUUCCUUCUCUGAUGAUGGACAGCCAGUUUUCAGAGUUCACCCCAGAUAUAACUCCCAUCAUGCUUGCUGCUCAUACAAACAACUAUGAGAUUAUCAAGCUGCUUGUCCAGCGGAAGGUCACCAUACCCAGACCACAUCAGAUACGAUGCGACUGUGUUGAGUGUGUAUCCAGCUCAGAGGUCGACAGCCUUCGACACUCACGGUCUAGACUCAACAUCUACAAGGCUUUGGCCUCGCCAUCUCUCAUUGCGUUGUCCAGUGAAGAUCCCAUCCUCACUGCCUUCAGACUGGGCUGGGAACUCAAAGAACUCAGCAAGGUGGAGAAUGAGUUUCGUCAGGAGUAUGAGGAACUGUCUCAGCAGUGCAAGCGUUUCGCCAAGGACCUCCUGGAUCAGGCCAGGAGUUCUAGAGAACUUGAGACCAUCCUGAACCACAGAGACAACGACCAGAGUGAGGAACUAGACCCUAGACAGUGCCAUGAUCUGGCCAAGCUCAAACUCGCCAUCAAGUACCACCAAAAAGAGUUUGUGGCACAGCCAAACUGCCAGCAGCUGCUGGCCACACUGUGGUAUGAUGGCUUCCCGGGUUGGAGGAGACGACACUGGGCGGUUAAACUGGUCACCUGCUUUAUCAUCGGACUCUUGUUCCCGGUCUUCUCAUUGAUCUACCUGUUGGCUCCAAAGAGUGCUCUGGGAAGUUUCAUUAAGAAGCCUUUCAUCAAGUUCAUCUGUCACACGGCAUCCUACCUGACCUUUCUCUUCUUACUGCUGCUGGCCUCGCAGCACAUCGCCCGCACCAAUCUGCACAUGCAGGGACCCCCACCCACCAUUGUGGAGUGGAUGAUUCUGCCGUGGGUGCUGGGCUUCAUCUGGGCAGAGAUUAAGGAGAUGUGGGACGGGGGAUUCACAGAGUACAUCCAUGACUGGUGGAAUCUGAUGGACUUCGCCAUGAACUCCCUCUAUCUGGCCACCAUAUCUCUGAAGAUAGUAGCCUAUGUGAAGUAUAACUCCUCUCGGCCUAGGGAGGAGUGGGAGAUGUGGCACCCGACGCUGAUAGCCGAGGCUCUGUUUGCCAUUGCCAACAUCUUCAGCUCUCUCAGACUCAUCUCCCUCUUCACCGCCAACUCCCACCUCGGGCCACUGCAGAUCUCCUUAGGAAGGAUGCUUCUGGACAUCCUCAAAUUUCUCUUCAUUUACUGUCUGGUCCUGUUAGCAUUUGCUAAUGGUUUGAACCAGCUGUAUUUCUACUAUGAAACAAAGGCAUCAGAGGAACCCAACAACUGCAAGGGCAUCCGCUGUGAGAGGCAGAACAACGCCUUCUCAACGUUAUUUGAGACUCUCCAGUCUCUCUUCUGGUCCAUAUUUGGGCUGUUAAAUCUGUACGUCACCAACGUGAAGGCUCGCCACGAGUUUACGGAGUUUGUCGGGGCAACCAUGUUCGGGACGUACAACGUUAUCUCACUGGUGGUUCUGCUCAACAUGCUGAUCGCCAUGAUGAACAACUCCUACCAACUCAUUGCUGACCAUGCUGACAUUGAGUGGAAGUUUGCACGCACCAAGCUGUGGAUGAGUUACUUUGACGAGGGCGGCACGCUGCCGCCUCCGUUCAACAUCAUUCCAAGCCCCAAGUCCUUCUGGUACCUGCUCAUGUGGCUCCACAACAAGCUGUGCAGGACAGGGCAGCCACCCGGGGAGGAGACGCACAAAUGUGAAAACCUGCGGGAGUUCACGGAGCGUCAUGCCGACAGUCUGAGGCAGAAUCAGCACUACCAGGAAGUGAUCCGGAACCUGGUGAAGAGGUACGUGGCAGCAAUGAUACGCAGUGCCAAGACAGACGAGGGACUGACAGAGGAAAACUUUAAGGAGCUGAAGCAAGACAUCUCCAGUUUCCGCUACGAGGUCCUAGAUCUCCUUGGGAACCGGCGUCCUCCUCGGCGUAACUACUCCUCCUCCAGUGAGACAACGAAAGAUGAUGGUGCCAUGGCAUCUGAGGACGACAGCGAGUCAGGUGAAGGCACCGGAGGAGGCUUGGGAGUCCAGAGAUCAAAGAGCGUGACCUUCAUGACUCCAGCAGAAGAUGACACAAAGCCGACACCAACGCUCGGCGUGUCUGCACUGGUGCGUUCUAUUUCUGGAAUGACCCAGGUAGAAAGGGGGGUAGGUGGGGAGGAGCUGGAGGAAGGUAUUGAAUGGGGGACAGAGGAGGAGGAAGAGGAGGGAAAACCAAAGAGCAAUGGGCUGAAGACGACCGUCAUCUCUCCAUCCUCCACCUCUGUUGUCCCGUCGUCAUCUUCAUCAUUCUCUUCAGCGCUCUCAUCAUCACUCGCUCGUACAAGGAGCCGUCUGCAGCGCCUAUCAGGUCCGAGUGCAAAGACGGACUCUUUCAAACGCCUCUCCUACCUGUUCUCCCGCUCCAAACGCAAAGCCCCACCCAUGCCUGUCCCUGUUCAGUCCCCAGUCUCCUACACCAUCUCUGACGGGUUGCUCCGCCCCUUGGGGAGCCACAGCCACUCCGACUUUGGACUCAGCAACGUGACCAGAAGCGAGACUCACCUGAACGAGAUGGGCCGUUCUGUUGACAUCAGUAACCCGUCGUUCUCUCCUCGGAGAACGAAUGGGCGAGACUCGCUUUUGACACUGCCCCUCCCGCCCCCCUGCCCCUGCCAAUCCCUGCACUGUGCUUCCAACAUGUCUGAGUCCAGCUCGCGCCUCCUGGACUCCAGUGAGGACGUUUUCCAGGGUGGAGGCAUGGGAGGAUCGGGUGAUGGCAGCGUGGAUGGAGGAGGGGGAGGAGGAGGGGUGAUGAUGAUGGGCGGUUGGGUGGGACCUUGCGAUGAUGUCAUCGAGGACAGCUGCGAGGUCAUAGAGGACUCCGUCACUACACAGCUAUAGGAGAAAGGGACUACCAAACUGUUUUUGUUUGUUUGCAAAAUGGCUGAAUAUAUACAGAGAUGGAGAGAGACAGAGAGAGAGGGCGGAGAAUUUGGUGGAAUCCGUUCUAGAACUUACCUGGAUGGAUUUGGGAUUCUGGAAUUCUAGAAUGCAGCACACCCGAGAAUGGAGCAGGUUCUAAGGAUUGACUGUAUCGUCAUGGUAACACCACAGAGGGCAUCCUAAAGUGGCAGAUGUUCAUAGAGACAGUUUGUCUGGUAUAUUUCAGGGUUUAAACAGACACUUUCACUAUUAUGUGAACUUUAUUGUUGGAAGGUUCUGGAGAUAAAUUGCUAGAACUCAGUUAAAAGUCCAUAAAUAUCUAUUUGGAAAACUUAUUCCAGACAAUCAAAGUAUCUCAAGUUUGACAUUGUCUGGGAUUUUUUAAGAUGGAAACACAACACACGCAAGUUCACCAUUGAGUGAAUUUCCAAGAGAGCCUAGCUAGCUAGCUAAACACAGAUAAAUGUCAUUUAUCAUCAAGUUUUCUUCAGUGUCACAGAAAUCCAUGUCCGUUCAUCCAUGGAUACAUAAGAAACAUUCAUUGCUAGAAUACAAUUCAACAGAUGUUUAACUGCCAAAAUAUAAACUAUGUAGGAUGAUAGUAUUUUCUCACUGUCGCUAUUACAGUUUCCAAAUUAUAUCACAAUGUCAUAUUUAAAAUUGGCAAUAUAUACAUAUAUUUAUAUAUGUAUAUAUUCAUGAAUAAUUGUGAAUAAAACACAAGAGAAGGAAAUAUGAAUUUCAUAUUGGGGUAAAAGUAUCUAAUUAAAAAUAUGAGGAUGUAAAUGAGGACAAAGUAAAUUACAGGAAAAGUUUGAGGCAGGUUUUGCAUUGAAAAUUUUGUGGUGCUUUGACAUGCUGGGGUCCGCAUUAAAGGGGUUGGGGAAGAUGAUGGUUACAAUCAUCCCAAAUAAGUACUUUGCCAAAUGGAGCUAAGUAUACCUGAGCUACUAAAAUACUGAACUUAACUUAACUGAACUUAAGUGUAAGCUCUUGGACAAAUUACAUUGAUUUCUUGUUUUGUGAUGAAGUUAUUUUUCCCUCUCGAUGGCAGUCCCCGUCUUUUUGUCUGAUCUUCACAGCCUUCACAAAGCCAAACUGUCUUUAUAUACAUCUGCCAUUUUCCACAAAUGCCACCAUGAGACCAAAGGAGUUCAUUUAAAAAGGAGCAUACUUUUUUUUCCGAAAGAUUAAAACACACAUCGUUAUUAUGGGAUUACAAGGAUUCAAAGUGACUUUUCAAAAAGGAAAUAUCCCUGUUUGGAAAGUUUCACAUGAUGGUUUCUUUCCCUUUAACCAAACUUCGAAUCUGUAUCGGAAUAAAAAUGGAAUUAAAUCAUCUUAAAACCAGUGGAAUUUGAAUUGAACUAUGCUUUUACAUUCAGCUGAAUGGAAGGAGAUGGCACACGGAAUAAUGUCCCCUUUAACCAUGGAACAAUGGAUUUAAAUUUGACCGAAUCACUGGGAUGAACAGAAGCAGCAUGGAACCUUUGCUCUGCUGUCAAUAGCCUGCACCCUCUCUCUCUGCAUCAACAAGGGCCAAGGAACUUUAUUUUAUCCUAAUAACAAUUAUACUAGUAAUAAUAAUAACGGUAAUAAUAAUAAGAGACUUCUAUUAAUAAUAAUGAGGACUAUUCUGGUUUCUAUACACUGUCUUUGCUUCUAUUUGAGUUGCCUACGAUAUCCUGGCUUCUCGUUCAGCUCUUCCUUAAUAAGUACACUUUAACCUGGUGAAUAAUAAGAUAUUUAUUGUGUGGAAGAGGGAGGAGGGAUGGAUAAAUGGGGGUGGGAGAGAGAGCUUAAGAAACGCGGGACGUUUUAAGGAAGGAAGAACAAGGUCAGGGGAAAUAAAGGCAGGAGGAAUGAUUGGAAGAAUGGAGGGAGAGGAAAUGAGGCAAAUAAGUGAAGGCACAUAGAUAUGCUUGAAUGAGGAACAGAUGGACUAAAAUGGGGAUGAGUUUCCCUUUCUAUCUAUCUGGGAAAUCUAUUUAAAAGGGAAAUUUCACCAGAAUUUCAUCAUGAUUUUUUUUUUCUCUUGAAGUCGCUUGGUGAGGCGACUUCAAAGGGUUGGCAUGAGCAGAGGCUGUUGAAUUUUACUCUGGUUAAUAUACGACUGUCAGCGGUGAAGUAGAGAAAUUAUGCAUGUUUGAUCAAAAAAGAAAAAAAGAAAAAACACCGUUACCUGCAACACACACAUGCAAGCACACACACAUUCACGCACUUAAAAAUCAGCUUGUGUGAUGAAUAGCUGACAGCUAAAAGUAUUGGUCUUGUUUUUGUUGGUCUCUCAGCAGGAUGACAUCACCUCCUCUUAUUUCUUAUUUGACUGUUUUAUUCAUUUUGUCCGUCCUUGUCCUCUUUUUUUCAUAAAAAAGCCCUCUGGUUAGGCAGCUGUCCUGGCAGUAGAAAGCCUCAGAGCAGCAAUAAAUCAGCAUUCCAAAAUGUCACGACGUCAACCGCUGUGCAUCCUGUAAUCAUAAUGUCACGGCCAGAGCUCGGACAGCAGGUGCGCAGUUAAGUGCUUAGCAGUGCCAGCCCAUCAAUUUAGUAUUUAAAAAUCAAUGUCUUCUUACUUUACAUUCCAGUAACAGAGGAUGACGUGACAACUGCUUUAAUACUGUUUGAUUUUAGUAAUUGUGAGAAAUUAAGACACAGUUGGUCGUUUAGAUCUUAAAAGUACAAGGAUGUUUUAUUUUUAAUUUGAAUUAGCAAACAUUUCACAAUUUGGGAUUUGGAUAUGUUUUUGGUUUCACAUUAACUCUUUAGCCCUUCAAGGUCUGCUAGGAGUAACCUCUGAAGCUCCUAUUGUGAUUGGCCUGUUCAGUACCAUCGAUUCCUCCCGUGCAUUUCCGGCUACUUUUUCACGGCAGUUUUUGAAUUUGUCAGUGAGAGAAUAGCAGUCAUCCUCUUAGUAUAAGGAACAAUGAACAUAGCAUCAAUAUAAGGAUUCACAAAUGACAGCAGAUUCCUAGAGGUAGAUUGUUGAAACAAUCAGAGUAGAUGUGAGGGAAUGUACAAAGGAGUGGGACAAAAAUGAUUUCCCUCCGAACGAAUAAAAAAAAGUGCAAAAAAGACAGCACACCGAGGAGGGAAAAAUGUUCCUUUUUUUCUAUCUGCUGGCACUGAAACAUCUGGACACGGCCACGCUGUAAUCAACACAUAAUGCAGCAGCACACAAGCACGUCAGCCAUGGUUACAUCGUAGGCUCUACAUGCCUACGAAGUCUAAAUCCUCCUCUGCUUUGCAUUGCCUUUGUUUGUCUUUUAGACUGCUGCAGCACCUUCUAUUAUGCUAAAUCCAUUAUUUGAUGGAUAUUUUUGUUUAGUUUUGUCAGUUUUGUUUUUUAAUCACUCUCACUCUUUCCCUUUUUCGGUUGUUUUUGAAGGAGACUAAUUUUUUUGUUUGCUAGAGUAAACUCAGGCACAACAUGAAGUCAGGCUCAACCACAACCCCAGCAGACCAGCUGGUCUUAAUGUCAGGCCACAUCAGCUGGUGGUUCAGCUGAUACCUUGCUAUGCAUGCCAUUGGCAGAUCUUAUAUAGUGUGUGCUAUUUAAGCUGCUUUAACCUGGCUACAGUUGCUGCACAUCUGCAAGCUGCUUUGCAACCCUGUCCACUCAUAACCCCUCCUUAAAUUGAUGUGUCUGAUGUAAUCAAUGUUAUAUUGUUUGUUACUGAUACCUGCUCUGUUCUGUGCUGGUCUGAGAACAGAGCAAAUACAAAUACAAAUGACUGCAGAUGGAAAUACCAAUCUUCAGACUGCAGUGUUGCAAAAUGGACCCAUGGUGUUUCAGCGUCAUGUUUUACUGCCCUAUAGAUGAAAAUGUCAGCUUGUAAUGAUAAAUUAAAAAAGAGGAUUUGUCUGUUGCCACUUUAAAGCAUGGCAGAAAUUUAGUUUUAGUAAUUGCACUCAGUGCGCUUUACAUAACAUUCCUCAUUCACCCAUUCAUACAAGCGCUUUUUUAUGGUUUUUCUAUGCAAGUGCUUUCUAUCUAACAUUCACACACACUGGGCUGAAUGCAGACUAGUGAUAUACAUGGAAAUGAUGCAUCCAUGUUUUUAAUCACACUAACGUAAUAUUCAUGUUGAGUAUCGCCACCAACAUCAGUGUUUCCGCUGCUUCACCAGAAAGCAGCACAAGUUAGCAGCCCCACUAUGAGUUGUAGUAGUUCCUAUGUUUGCCAACUAUGCUGUUUUUUACACUAUUUUACAGUAUAUAUGUGAUAUAUACAUAUAUCACAAAGCCUCUUUAAAAAAAAUAGAAGUGUUUUGGAAGCUGAUUCAGUAGCAGGGCAGGUGAAUGAGUUUCCACCCGUCAGCUCCAGCCUCACCUCACUAACAGUUAGGCUUUAAAUCUGCACAUUAAAGAAAGUGCAUGAAGCCCAUGAAAGAGACAUAGUUCUUAGUGGAUUUGUAUUGUAGGAUACAGCCCAGAUCGCCGUUAUUUUUCUCAAUGAAAAGCUUGCAAACACAGCAAGUGAAGAUGAAUGUCAGUGAAGUUGCCACGCAGGGCUGUAAUUUAUGGCAGAACUCUCCUCUCUGAUAAACUCAAAGCAAGCAACAGAGAGGCAGCACAGAGACCGUGAACCCAGGGGGAGCGACAGCAUUUUUUAUUUUUUAUAAGGCUGACAACAGCAGUGAUACUUACUGUAAUCGUGUAAUCAUAAUCAGAAGCUUUUCAAGGAGUCCUUCCUCAUGACACCUUAAACAUGAAGAAGAGCAACAUUUUUCCUGCUCACUUCCAAAACUGGUUUGUAAAACUGAUUCCAGCACUCCAGACAAACAGCGAUAUAGCGAUCUUUAAGUCUUUCAUCUUUGCUACAAGCUGACAGCGGCCUUCUCUACUUUACCACACAAUUUAAUUUUAAACUUUAGUUGCUAAUCAUAAUUAUUUGUGCAGAUGUAGACUGCUUUGAGCUUUGUCUCAGGCCAGUUAAAAAUAUACAAGGGACCAGCAAAGCCCAAAGCAAACACCAGGGUGGUGAGACUGAGCAAAAUAUACACCAGUAAACGUCUUGAUUUAACUGUGUGGUCACUUGAGAGGCUGGACUAAACUACUUUAAAAGACCCUCAGCGAUCUGAACUGAAAGGGGGAGUAUUGUAGAAACACCACUGAUAAAAUAAGUACAGCUUCUAAUUUAGAAUUUGUUGUUUACCUGAGAUGUCUAGCAUAUUUAAAUGUUAAAUAUGCUAAAUGUUGUGUCAUUUUUUGUUAAAGUACACACUUCAAAGGCCGGUGACAAAGAGCAAACUAGUACCUGGCCUUUAGUCAGAGCAAAGACAGUUAGGUGACAUAGCCUCAAAAUUAUUUCAUUUGUGAUAACAAUGCUUCCGACAAUAUAGAAAAAAAAUAUUAUUAUGUUAUGUUUGCAGGCAUCUAUAAAAGUUAAUGAAGGGCAUUUUCUUUUCCAGUGAGCUGAUGUCAUUGAUGACAAACUUCACAGUAUAGUGAAAUAUCAGUAAAAAAGUGUUAUUUCCUUGGAAAUUUGAAGUAAAAGUACAAAAUAACUAUUUAAUAUUUUAGUGUAACAAAAAUUAAAAUAACUUAAAACUGCCAAUUGUCUCGUUGUUGAAAUGAUACAAUAUGACAUGUGAAAACUAAUUCUGUUAUUAUUGCAGAUGAUAUGGGAGGCAGGAAAAGAUGGACAUAGCUAACCUGACAUCACACACCAGUGUCUGAAGUCCUGUUUUGAAUAAGAAUACUUUAUUAAUCCCAGACGACAUUAUAUAAUUUGGAACCAGGUGUCACAAGCAAUAUAGAAAUCCCACUGAAACUGGCUGCUUAUUGGCUGAUUGACAUGUCUUAUACUACCAUGCAUAAUCCCUCCCUUUGAAACUUAGGUUCCCCAGAACUUACAAAAUGCACAUAAUGUUUUAUCUAGUAUGACCUGAAGUCAGUGAGCACAUCAUGAUUCAUCAGGAAAGGUUUGCAGAAGUCAAGAACAAGGACUGUUUACCCCAUUGGCUUCUAUAGGGUUGAAGAUUUUUUUUUUGUAGUAUCGCCCCCUGCUGGUGAUCAAAAAGAACGCCGAUCUAAGACUGCGAAGAUAGUUGCUUCACAUUUCAGACAAUUUUUUGCUUCUUUUAGCUCUUUGUUUUGAAAUGAUUUCCAUCUUUAACCUUGUCUGUAUCAUAUCAUCUGUAUCAACCAACAACAUUUGCGCUAUAAAGAUAACCUUCAUUGCUUACAUAUUCUAUGAGGGCUGUCAAGUGUAUGUGUUUGUGUUGAUAUCCAGUAUUUUCAUUUCAGACCACUGCACACUUUUCUUCAAUUUAUUGGUGGUAAAUUGUGGAAAUGACAAAUUUAAAAUCUUUGAGUCUGCCCUCAUGCUCACAAAGUCUUAAAGCUACACCAGUUAAUAGGAAUGACUGUGCAAUAUGAAUUGCGUAGUUAUUGGUAGAAAAACUUGCUAUUUGUCUGCCGGGUGUGCAAAUGACUGCACACACACUCCCCGUGAAAAUGCUAAAAAGUGAUAAUACAUCAGUGGUGUGUUUUCAGGUUGUUGCACUACCCUCAAGUGGCCCAGAGAAAAUCAAUUAAUCCAGCUCUAAUGCAUCAGGAUAUUAGAAAACUGUGGAUUAAUAUUUGAAUAAUCUUUUGAUCUUGUGUGAGGCUUCAGGCAUUUAAUAAAUCGAUGUUUUGAUCGGCUGGCUCGCAGACUGGACUUAUGCUGAGCAGGAAGGAGUUUAAGAAAUGUAAUGGCUUCUAAAAACGCUCCUUAAAGUGAUAAUCAGCAUCAAUGAUUGCAUCAGUGGAGUAAGUAAAGCUCUGGAUGAUCUGCAGUGAAAAUGAGAACCUGGAGGAAAAGGAGGGCACAAGUAGAGGUGCAUUUUAUUAAACAAAUCUUAACAUUCAAACUAAACACAACAGAAAGGACAAAUCUAAACUAAGGUACAACCCAGGGUCGGCGCCGUGAGAGAGAUUCAGCUGAGGAGUUGAGGGGUGAUGUAGACAAUCUGAUAGUGCUUUCUAACGUUCACACAAAUUCAUGAUUCGAUGAGAACAACUAGGCGUUAGCAUCUUGCCCAAGGAUAUUUGGCAUAUUUGCAGCCAUAUUUGAACCACCAACUUUCAGAUUAGAGUAGAUGAUCUGCUCUACCUCCUGCGUUACAGCCACCCCAUUUCUCCUUUUAACUCAUUAGUGGAAGCAGCCUAUAAAGCACUCCAACACAGAGUAUACUAAUUGGACUCCCUGAAGGUGCAGCACCUAUUUUGUGUGGUUGAAACUCCACCCAAUUGGAUGCAAGUUUGUUGCAGAUAUAAACAAAAUCAAACGGUGUAUAUAUAUAUAAAUAAAAAAAUAAUGGUCUCCCUUUUUGAAUCUCCUCUAUGCCUUUGACCCAAAACCGGUAACGGCAGAUGGCUGCCCCUCCCUGAGUCUAGUUCAGUUGGAGGUCUGUUCCUGUUAAAAGUGACUUGGCCCCUUCAUAACGUUGACAAGUGGUCCACUUAGGGGGUCGUCCGAUUUCUGGGGUUUUCUAUCCAAUACUGUAGGUUCUUUACAGGGAAGAGUGGUUUGAGUUCACUGUUGUUGUCGAUUUGUGAUAUCUAAAUCACAUUAAACUGAACUGAAGGGAAGCUGGAUCUGUAGGAACACCUGAAUGAAUCUGAAACAACAUAGGCAGGUUAUGGACAUGACUGCAUCCACCCAUCAGAGAGGUGUAUAAGUUGCUGCAGUUGCUGAUUAUAAAUUGCUGUGACCGUCUUUAGAAUUGCAGCUGCAAUAUUUACCCUAACUCUUAAUAAGGAGACCCUUCAGCAGCAAUAAGUACGACUCCACGUGGAGUGUAGCGGCCUUUGUUUAUGUUCUCCUUUCAAGAAAAAGCUGGCCAUCCAGUGCUUGUAUGAAUGAGUGAAUGAGACAAGAUGUAUAAAACGCUUCGAGUGCUCAGGUAGAGUAGAAAAAAAACAGUUCAUUUACCAAAAGUGUAGGAGCAGAGCUGGAACUGGGCUUAAAUGCACAAAGAGAAGCAAGGACAAGGUGAAACUGUUCAGGGGCGACUCUUGACUUUAACUUGACACUGUGGUGAAUUUUAGAAUUUAGAUAAACUAACAAAUGCUCAGAACUGGAAAUAUCACAGCUGAUUUUCAUUUCAACCAUACAGCCUCCACUUUAGCUCCUUGCCCAUUGCCAUCUUGAUAUAUAUACAUAUAUAUAUAUUUAAAAAAAUUCCCCUUCGGGCAGUUUUUAUCGUUCAAGCUCAGGUCCUCUACCAGAGGCCUGAGAGCUUGAGGGUCAUGGACAGUAUCCUUGCUGUUCCUAGGACUGCGCUGUUCUGGAAAGAUGCCACGGCGUCACUGCACCUAGUGCUCCGAUUACCACUGGGACCACUAUUACCUUCACCCGCCACAUCUUCCCGAGCUGUUCUCUGAGCCCUUGGUACUUCACCAGCUUCUCAUGUUGCUUCUUCCUGAUGUUGCUGUCAUUCGUUAUUGCCACAUUCCCCACUACUCUGUCUGGUUGGCUAGCCAUCACCAGUUUCUCUGUUCUUAUCUGGUUCUCAGAGGAUCUUAGCUUGAUCAUUCUCAACCAUCCUAGGGGGCGUCUCCCAUUUUGACCUUGGGAUUUCCAGCCCAUACUCGCCACAGAUGUUUCUGUAUACAAGAUGGCCACUUGGUUACGGUGUUCCAUGUAUGCCCUACCUGCUAGCAUCUUGCAACCCUCUGUUAUGUGGAGGGUGCAACAUAUAAAGGGAAACUGUGAUGAUGAAUACACAGAAGGGUAAUCAGGGCAGAGUGGAGACACCUUAAAAGCAAAACUAAAUACAAGGCACUAGAAACAUAAACGUACUGUAGCUUAAGUAAAACAGGCAGUGUCCUCCUGUGGAAAGACACAGGAGGACAAAAGGAAACACAGAGCAGAAUAUAAUUUAAUCCUGGCCAUUGCUAUCCUUAUAUAUUUAUAUACUUUUUGGAACACAUUUAGACAAGUGCAUGGAUUGCUAGAUCACCAGUUAACACAUUUGCAUAAGCACUAAACACGGUUUGUUCAUAAAACUGACCUGCCCUCCAUCUGUCACUAUGCUUCACCAAUAUCAUCCCCAGCCUAUUUAUUUGUGAAUGCAACUCUGAAAAGAUUUUACAUUUAAAACAAAAAAUUUAAUUAAAUUAAAGGUGAGGAAAAAUACAAUUGAAAAGGUCAGUACCCAGAAAAGUGGAAAGAUAAAAAAAAACAACCCAAAAAAACAGGAUCCUCUGUUACCAUGGCAACCAGCCUGCAUGACACCACCCCAUAGUCAGAACUGUUCAGGUCUCAUAAUCAGUCAGGCUUCCGUGUGCACUGAAACUCUGACUAUUACUUACCACAAUAAAACAAAAUCGCAACAUUGCUGUCAUUGUUGCACCAAUCGAAGGCUUUUAUUUUGAAAUGUAAUGUCUGAGUGAAGACACUCGCAGAGGAGCAUUGAUAAUUUGAUAAAGUCACUGCAGUCAUGUGUGUGCUGUCCUUAAAAGAUUUCAGAUCACACCACACCAGACUCAACAGGCCGCACAUGCCAUUUGGCAGAGCAUUAAUAAUCAAUCACUGUGGUAGAUCAAUAUCAGUAAUGCCUGUCUGUUCUCCAGAGUGUGUGUGUGUGGCCAUGGUGUAAUUGAUCCAGCCAGAAUCCAUAAUUAGAUUCUGUUUUGCUCCUGAUUAAUAGGUAUUGACUUGGUUAGAGUUGUACCCAAUCAAUAGGUGUGUGUUUAUAUCUCAAACUGUGUCAUUCUGAGGACCACGUUUGGGAGUUUUGGGACAUUUGUUGAAGUUGAGGGAAUUUUGACAGCUCUGAUGAGGGUUAAAGUUGAUUUUAGGGUUUAGAGUAAAACCUGGUUGGUUUUUGAAUUUGAAGUGGCAUUUAGUUGUCAUAAUCACACGAAGAGUGUCCUCACAAAGCUAGAGAUACAGACAUGUGCCGGUCCAGGAGAUAGAGAGACUGAGAUAUAGAGAAACAAGCAGAGCGUUAUUGAAGAGGAUAUAUGUUCUAAAUGGGCAUGCAGUGAUACACUGUGGGGUAUAAAAAUAGAAAUCAAGCAGUGGUAAGGACGGGAGGAGACGUGUGAUUCAUCUUAUGCAUUAUUCACUCACACGACCACUGACCAGCUGCAGGUUUGACUGUGAAUUGCUUAAGGCAGCCGCAGCCUCCAGUCCACUUUAAUAACCCUGGUCGAAUGUGAAUCAGCCUUGUCUCAAGCAGCAACCUCCGAGGCUAAUAAAAUUACACAAAGUGCUAAAAAAUGCAGUUCCCCCGACAGCCACUUGAGGCUGAAUCCAAAGAUAGACUUCUAUGUUAAAAACACUACAGCAUUAAAAAGCUGGUUUACAGCCCAGAAUGAAAAAAAUGGGUUUGUAAUGAUUCUUAACAAGAGUAUAGAGGGUUACUUAUUUUGUAACUCACCAAUCUGGGCACAGGAGUUAGGCGAGAUUUAGUAGGCCACUCCCUGCCUGCAAAAUCUCACUCGCACUAAUUGAAAUCAGUAGACUGGAUCUCUCUGUGCCUGUGCAGUUGGUGCCUUGAAACAGAAGCAUCUCACAUAAUAUAGAUUGCUCCAAGAAGUUUGCACUACAGGUUUAGGAAGUGAAAUUUUAGGGUUUUAUUAGUAUUUAUUAGCCUGUAACUUAGAGAUUCACCGCCCCUCUCCUGACUCAAAAACCCUCGGCAUGAUGUAAAAUGUGAAGUCCAGUGAGUAAUGUCACAGUGGCUCCAUUCAUAUUUUAAUGCAGUUUGUCCCUCGUUUUCUAUUACAGGCCUUCAUAGCGUGUUUGUGUAAAGGAAGAGACAUUUUUUAAUCACAUUUACACGGGGCACAUGCUUGUCCAUUAUUACCAUUCAAAAAUGUGCUUCAAAAUAUGUAUGUUUAUUAUACAUAAACAGCAGUAAAGAGCCUUUUUAAGAAAAGUUGCUAUUGGUCAAAUUUAUGGUCACUAUAUAGCAAGUUUCUGAGUUAUAUGUGGCAAAAUUACACAUUUUAGACUUGUUGGGCAUUUAGAUUUUCAUAUUAAAAUUAGUUCUAAUGUCAAGAUUUAUAAGAAAAAACAUGACUGAAAAACAGUUGAGUUAACAAAUAAAACUUGACCUCUUAUUGAGGCCAGAUUCAGAAUGUUACAAAAGGGCACAAGGCCAAGAAACAAGAAUACACAAUGCUGACAUAAGAUCUAACAAAAGACAAAGGGAGACUGGAACUAAAUAUACACAGAAGGGUAAUCAGGGUAGAGUGGAGACUAUUGGAAAAUAAAACUAACCAAAAGGCACUAGAAACUUAGCUUAAAGUAAAACAGAGUGACUAACUUUAAGCAAGGGAAAAACACAGGAGGACAAAAGAAAACACAGAGGAGAACAUGAUUAACUACUAAAUUAUAAGUAGAACUGAAUACUCAAAAUACUAGAAAUACCUCUGAGCUGAAAAGUAAAAAAAAAACCCUCUGAAAACAGAAGACAGUUAAUAUCAUUCAUAACCAAAAACCAAGGUAAAGCCAAAAUUCAUAGACCAUGGACAUUUAACCUGAUUCAUAUAUUCAGGCUCACAUAAAUGUAUGCAUGCAGAAUCACAGGAAAGGGCAAGAUUUCAGUUUUCCACAAAUCUCAAGUGUGUUGACUGAUCACAUUUGAGAUUUGACAAGUGCCACACUUGGAAGGUAGUCAGUGCUCUGCACUUCAUACUGGAAUGAUGUACAUUCCCCCAGUAAGGUGGUUUCAUUUAGAUUGUGAUUUAAGGUUGCAAGGACUGGAUUUCAGCUGCUGGGUUUCAGUGUUUUUUCAUUCACUAUUAUAGGAAGCAGGUACAGGAGUGGCUCAAAGGUUUUGAGAAAAGGUGUAUUUGAAUUAUGUCUCAGAAGGAGGGUUUUUUUUUUUUCUUCAUGGCAUCGUGUUAUCAACAGUCAACUAUUGUCAUAGAAAAGACAGGCCGACUAGAUCAUGUCUCAGUCCUUACGGUUUCUUUUUAAUUAGAUUGAAAAAAGAAGACAAAAAGCAUAGUUAACAGGAAGUUUCUGCUAAACUGCUCAACAGCCAUGAGUUUGGCUGCUUAUGAACAUAUCAGCCUUUUGUGGGUAACUCUCAUGCAUUUUCUCAACCAAUCAUAUGUCAUUCAUUAGUAUCCUUCAGUCUCAUUAGAGUUACUCCAACUGCCUCGAAGUUAAAAUUAGUUAAAGUAAAGUGCUCACCUUGUUCUUGUCACCAGAUAGCAGGUACUUAGUUUUUGUUUUUUUGUCCCCUGUCAUUGCCAGAAGUCUCUGGUCACCCCACUGCUGCUGUUCCCUUCCUGUCUGUAUGCACAUAAAAGGCAGUGACUGAAGGUAAUGAGUUGUUUUACACUAAUAUCAGGACUUCCAUACAUCAGUCCACUUAUCUAACUAAGAGUGAUGGUGGUAUUGGGGUCUAUUGUACUAGGGGCAGGUCAUCAGUUAGUCACUGGACUAUCUGGCUAAAUAGAAAUGAGCAUUAACACUAAAACUGUCUCCAGUUUCCUGCAUCAAUCAAUAAUCAAUUUCCUGCACAUGUCACAGAGGUUGCUGCUGCUACUCAUCACACAAGCACUUUCUCACAUGCACACACAGUGACAAACAGGUACACACAGUACACAUACAUAUAUGAGUAUAUCAUUCAGGUUCCCCUCUCACCUUCUAAAGGGAUUUUGAGCUUUAAGAAUAAGAAACCUGUCCUUGUUUCGUUUUUUUCUUUUCUUUUCUUUGUUUUUAUGGAUUUCCACUUGGAUGAAUGUAUGACUGUGUUAUUUUUCUAGAACCGGACGGCUAGCGCACGUUGUUGACUCUUUAAUAAAGGCAUCCUUAGAAAACUGGGCUGUGGCCGGGCUGUUUCUUUGACUUGACCUGUGUCUGAGACUUUUUCCUUUUCAGUUAUCCCACAGGAAAGGACGUAAGGGUCAAACUUGAAUUUGAAAACCACCUGAAAUUGUGAGACAUUUGAUUCUCAAUCAUUAAAUCCGCAUUGGAGCUCUGCUUAACUGCAAGUAUCUCUUUUGCAGCCAAAAUAGAAGCCUUAAAGAUAUGUAAUUCCACCACUGGGAACAAAAAUAUUAUACAAAGUUUAUAGAUCGAUUCAUGCUUUCUCACUCAUUCUGUCACUCCUUCCUGUUACCAUUCAAAAUCUGCUAAAAUAGAAAUUAGAGGUACCUAUUCUUUUUUCUUCCAAAUUAUCUUCACAGAAUUGCAAAAACAAGUGUAAACAUCAUCUUUGAUGGCGAAAGAACAGAAAUAUGAAGAGUAGUUCUGAGAGAUUCUGCAGAGGCUGAUGAGGGCUUAAUUGAAUUGAUGUAACCAGAGAAGAGACUGAGAAGAUCAAAGAACCGAAGCUACGGCAGCGAUUGGGACCCAAACACCUGCCGCGAGUCUGUAAAGCCAGCUGUGAGUUUAAAUGUGCACUCACAAAAGGCACUUUUAACAGGAACACUUGUUUUGUCUGUUCUGGCGCUGUGGCUCUGGUUAUUUUUAGAGGCGCUUGGAGACGAGGAGGACUCACUCUGAGAUUUAAUUGACAUCCUGUCGGGUGUUUCUAGGUGCCUGACUGCAUGACUUUUCUCCUGACAGAACGGGUGCAGCGAGUCGUAAGAAACCCGCUCACCAUAAAAGACUCGGGGUGUGGUUCUAAUGCCAAAUAUAACCUGGCUGAGCCAUGUAAAUUAGAUCAAGAGGAGCUGACUUCCUUAUGUAAGAGGUGGGAGUUGUUAAUGGAGCGCACAGUGCUGUCAAAGUGCUUUUCAUUUACUUUUGCAUAUUCAGUGGUAUUGCACUAAAAGCCACGUGUGGGGCUUUUAAAAAAAUUGUAUUUAUUCAUUUAUAAUUCUUCAUGCUAUGUUGUGUUAUGAUUUCCACCAACUACAAUUAAUUUGUCAGAAUGUAUAAUAUUUCAGCUGAAAUGCCUUACAAAAACGGCAUUUCAGCCACUUUUCAAGUUUGAAAGUGAAGAAUUUAAACAAUAUUUCUAAUCUAGUGUCUAAUUCUAAAGUAAUGGCCCAGUCCCACUAGACCAGGCGUAUCAAACAUAAGGCCAGGGGGCCAGAAUCAGCCCAGCAAAAACUCAUAUUUACCCCACUGGGUGGUUUUUUUUAAAAAAUUUGAAGGUGGGCUUAACUUUUACAUGUACAACAAUAUUUUCUUGAGUUUUUGCUGCUGACAAAGACCUCCCCCAUGGCCACUGACUACAUCAAAGUAAUUAAGUGAUAAAUAAACAUUUAUAUGAAAGUUCCUUUUUUUCACAAUCCAUUGUAGAAAUAUCUGUGUUUUUACGAUGGAUCCACAAAAAUGGGCAUUUUCAGGAACUUUGUGUUAUUUAAUGACUAGACAGUCUGGCCAACCAGCUACUAGUACCAGUGUAUUUUCUGUCAUUUUACACAUUUAUUUCUUACAGUUUAAGCUGAA